CCGCAGUACAAGGUGUGGGUGAAGCCAGGCUCCGAGCAGUCCUUCCUCUACGGGAACCACGUGCUGAAGUCAGGGCUGGGCCGCAUCACGGAGAGCACGGCGCAGUACCAGGGCGUGGUGGUGUACUCCAUGGCCGACGUCCCGCUGGGCUUCGGGGUGGCUGCCAAGUCCACGCAGGAGUGCCGCAAGGUCGACCCCCUGGCCAUCGUGGUGUUCCAUCAAGCUGACGUUGGGGAGUACGUGCGGAAUGAGGACACGCUGACAUGAGGGACCCUAGGGGACCCUUGUGCUCUGUCUGUGAGUGUUCUGGGCUGGCACGGACUGUGUCCUGCACCGUGGGUGUGGGAAGCCCGCCCAGAGUGGGAGGGAAGUGUGGGGAGCUGCCAGCACAGAACCCCAGAGCCCUCAGGGGGCUGCCUCCAGUGCGGGAGGACGGGCCCUGGCCCCAGCCCUGUCACAUAAAGCCUGAUCCUUUUUUCAGUG